CCAGCUGACACUGGGGACAAGGUAACAGCGUCGGUUCCUGCCGCUCUUAUUCAACACAGAAAUGUUAGUCAUCAUACUAAGACACACAAAAAAAGGAACAAAAAGCCACGCAGACUGGAAAGGUAGAAAUAAAACCCUCCAUAUUUGCAGAUGACAUGAUUAUCUACAUAGAAAAUGCCAAGUAAUAUACAAAUAACCUCUUAAAAUUAAUAGGUGAGUUUGUUAAGGUCACAGGAUACAAGAUCAACAUGAGAAACACAAUCACAUUUCUAUAUGCUAACAACAAACGUGUAAAAACUGAGAUAAAAAAUAGUAACAGUUUAAAUCUCUUAAGAGCAAAGGAAAUAUUUAAGUAUAAACCUAACAAAACAUGCAUAGGAUCUGAUGUUGAAAAAAUCACACAACUCUGAUGAAAGAAGUGAAAAAAAGAACUAUUUAAAUAGAGAGACAUACCAUGUUCGUGGGUUGGAAGAUUCAACAUAAUAAGGAUACAAUUCUCAAUUUGAUCCAUAGGUUGAUUGCAAUUCCUCUCGAAAUACCAACAUGGCUUUUUGUAGAAACAGACAAGUUUAUUCUACAUUUUAUGUGGGAAGGCACAAGCCCUAGAAUACUUUAAACUUGACAAAGAAGAAUGAAGUGUGUGGCUGUAAAACCAAAAUGUACAAAAUUAUUAACAGUUCAUUGCUUACAGUCGAAAAAAUGAGGAAAAGUUGGACGACCUAGGAAACUUUCAGGGAGCUAAGGUUUCAGAGAGGAAAGUAUCCUUGUAAGGAAUGAGACAAGAUAAACUCCCUGCCCCACACACAUUUUCAGCGAACUACAUUCCUGGUUUGAACCUGAGGUCACAGGCUCUGUUCUUUCCAAUGGAGGAAGCAAAGACUUCAAAGGGAGAAAUCGGAGGAUUUCUUUUUUCAUCGUAGGGACUUCACAUCAGCGUUUCCAAAACCGAGUUCAUCACCUUUUCCCUCUACGCAGCCUCUAUCCCUUCCCGUGUUUCCCGUCUCAAUAAACGUCACCGCCAAGUUACUUAGGCCUGAAACAUGCCGCCUCCCAGACUCCUCUCUGUGUCACCGACCUCUUGCGCUCAGCUACCCGGAGCUGCCGGCUUAACCUCACAAGUCUUCCCCGAACCCGUGCCCUCCUCUUGGGCAGCGUUACCACCGUGAGCACCCACCUGAGAGGACGUCUGUUCUCAUCCAGCCUCCACCCUGCCGCGGAGUAAUCUCCGUAAAACGAACACCCGGCUUAGUUUCUGCGGGAAACCGUCGAAUAGUCCCCACUGUUUUCUGGAAGGGUCUGGGCAGCCCGGCGUCGCGUCACAGCCCCCACCCCGCCCCUCGUCCUUUCCUGCAGGUCCCGCUACUCUGUCACCAAAGCAUCCGCCGCGCUCGCACCUGCUGUGAAGCUGCGCUCGGGCCGGGUCCGCCGAGGGAACCGCCUUCCCAAGGGUCUGCGCUGCAGUUCUCGCUCGUUUCCCAACAGGUGGCGGUGUCGGGGAACUCGACUUCUCCAGGGACGCGCUCCCGCACUUCGUGGCCCUCUGUGGAGCCCUCGUUUUAGGAUCUGCGCGUCGUUUCUAGUCGUGCGCGCGCCCCGGAGACCGCCUGCUGCGCCCCGCGCUGGGCUGUGCCCGCCUCUCUCCCGCGCGCCGGCCUUUCUGGCCACAGCUGGCUGUGGACCCAGGUGAGGAAGCCCCAGGUCGGGGCGUUGCCCCAGGGCCCUCCCGCUUUCCGUCCGAGGGCGGAGAGGCGUCUGCGCCCGGACGGACUGCGGGAACACCCGGAGCCCCAGCGAGCUCGGCCGCCCUGGCGGUAGGGAGCCCGCCGCGCCUCCUUGGGACCCGGACCCGGCGCCCGCGCCUCCGAACGGAUUUCUGUCGGCUGCACGCGCAGCGCGCACACCUGAGCCUGCCCCGCGGAACAGGGGCUCGAGUCCCGGCCCGAGCGCGGCGUCUGGGCCAGCGGAGAGGGGCGGAAGCCGUAAGGGACCCUCGGCGCCUCAGCCUCGCCGCGAUGAAGUCCUCGCCGCUCCUCAGCCCGUGUCUCUCCUGGAAGAGAAUGGUGGGCAUCUUUUUCCUGCCAUUUAUCUUACCAGGUUUUGCUCCUCGGCUUAAGCAGGAAGAGAACUUCAUGCUUGGAAGAGCGCAUCCGUCCCAGCCUAGGUUUAAUUGGUCUCAUCUGACCCCCCUGGAGCUGAAGACUCGAUCUGUGGGACUUGGAACUGAAAGCACAGGUCGGGGUAAGCCCCACUUCACACUGGAGGGCCACAAGUUCCUGAUCUUCGGGGGCUCCAUCCACUAUUUUCGGGUGCCCAGGGAGUAUUGGAGGGACCGCCUGCUGAAGCUGAAGGCCUGUGGCUUCAACACUGUCACCACCUAUGUUCCGUGGAACCUGCAUGAGCCAGAAAGAGGCAAAUUUGACUUCUCUGGGAACAUGGACCUCGAGGCCUUCGUCCUGAUGGCUGCGGAGAUCGGGCUGUGGGUGAUUCUGCGUCCAGGCCCCUACAUCUGCAGUGAGAUGGACCUCGGGGGCUUGCCCAGCUGGCUCCUGCAAGACCCCCAAUUACUGCUGAGGACAACCAACAAGGGCUUCAUUGAAGCAGUUGAGAAGUAUUUUGACCACCUGAUUCCCAGAGUGAUUCCUCUCCAGUACCGCCAGGGAGGCCCUGUUAUCGCGGUGCAAGUGGAGAAUGAAUAUGGCUCAUUCAAUAAGGAUAAAACAUACAUGCCGUAUCUCCACAAGGCCCUGCUGAGAAGAGGGAUUGUGGAGCUUCUCUUGACCUCUGAUGGUGAGAAACACGUGCUGAGCGGCCACACCAAAGGAGUGCUGGCCGCCAUCAAUUUGCAAAAACUUCACCAGAAUACUUUCAGUCAGCUUCAUAAAGUCCAGAGAGAUAAGCCCCUUCUGAUUAUGGAAUACUGGGUCGGCUGGUUUGACAGAUGGGGAGAUAAGCACCAUGUUAAAGAUGCAAAGGAGGUUGAACAUGCUGUGUCUGAAUUCAUCAAAUAUGAGAUCUCCUUCAAUGUGUAUAUGUUUCAUGGUGGAACCAACUUUGGUUUCAUGAACGGGGCCACAUAUUUCGGGAAGCACACCGGCAUCGUCACCAGCUAUGACUAUGAUGCUGUGCUCACGGAGGCUGGAGAUUACACGGAAAAAUAUUUCAAGCUUCAAAAACUCUUUGAAUCUGUCUCAGCAACUCCCCUGCCCCAAGUACCCAAACUUACUCCCAAGGCUGUGUAUCCCCCCAUGAGACCGUCGCUGUACCUCCCGCUGUGGGAUGCCCUACCCUACUUAAAUGAGCCAGUCAGGUCGCAUCAGCCCGUCAACAUGGAGAACCUUCCCAUAAACAAUGGGAGCGGCCAGUCCUACGGGCUUGUCCUGUAUGAGAAGUCCAUCUGCUCUGGAGGCCGCCUCCGUGCCCACGCUCACGACAUGGCACAGGUGUUUUUGGAUGAGACAAUGAUAGGGAUUCUGAAUGAGAAUAAUAAGGACCUGCACAUUCCUGAACUCAGGGACUGCCGAUACCUGAGGAUCCUGGUGGAGAAUCAAGGACGAGUCAAUUUUUCAUGGCAAAUACAGAAUGAGCAGAAAGGAAUAACUGGAUCUGUCAGCAUCAAUAACUCUUCCCUGGAGGGCUUUACCGUCUAUUCCCUGGAGAUGAAAAUGAGCUUCUUUGAGGGGCUGCGCUCUGCCACCUGGAAGCCUGUCCCAGACAGCCACCAGGGCCCGGCCUUCUACCGUGGGACCUUGAAGGCUGGCCCUUCUCCCAAGGACACCUUCCUGAGCCUGCUGAACUGGAAUUAUGGAUUCGUGUUCAUCAAUGGACGUAACCUUGGGCGAUAUUGGAAUAUUGGGCCUCAGAAAACACUGUACCUUCCUGGAGCUUGGCUUCAUCCAGAAGACAAUGAGGUCAUCUUGUUUGAGAAGAUGAUGAGUGGCUUAGACAUCAAAUCUACAGACAAGCCUGUGCUGUAAAACCGUGUCUGAACUUUUUUUUUUUUUUUUUUUUUUUUUUUUUUUUUUUGAGAUGCGGUCUCACUCUGUUGCCCAGGCUGGAGGGCAGUGGCCAGAUCUCGGCUCACUGCAAGCUCUGCCUCCCGGGUUCAUGCCAUUCUCCUGCCUCAGCCUCCCCGGCAGCUGGGACUAUAGGCGCCCGCCACCACGCCUGGCUAAUUUUUUGUAUUUUUAGUAGAGAUGGGGUUUCACCAAGUUAGCCAGGAUGGUCUCGAUCUCCUGACAUUGUAAUCCGCCCGCCUCGGCCUCCCAAAGUGCUGGGAUUAUAGGCAUGAGCCACUGCACCCAGCCAUGAACGUAUUUUUUGGGUUGCUGGAGGUCAUCUAUAAGUCAUUUUUGAGGAAUAAGAUUUAUGUUAAGACUAUCAAACAUAGUGUUGCCUACAAUAGCAAACAUGUGAAAAUAAUAGCAACAACAACAACAGCAACAACAAAACAGCAGGGGAAUUGUUAUGUAUUUUGUAGUCUAUCUAUAUGAUGCCUAUUUUUAGGCUUUAAAAAGUCUUCAAAAUCUUUAAUGACUGAUUUAUCUAGUUAAAUGCUUAAUCCUUAGCAGGCUCUUAUUCUUUCAUUAAACAUGCCUUUAAGUAGAUGUGAAUAAAAUAAAAACAAGUUUCAUUUCUGCCUUCCAUACUCAAUUGAAGGGAAGGGAAAGGUCUGUAGCCUGGGGAAGAGUAAGGAUACUGAUUUCCUCAUGCCAGAGAGAGUAUUGCAUGUACUAAUGGGCAAAUUCACAGUCUCCCUCCUCUCUCUCUCUCUCUCUCUGUGUGUGUGUGCGUGUGUGUGUGCGUGUGUGUUUGUGUAUGUAGGAGUAGGGGAAAGCAG